AUGUCAGAAUCUUCCGCCAAAAGCAAUAGGUUCAAAAGCUGGGUCCCCAGCUUAAAGGCCACUCGCCUGAGGGUUUAUAGACUGGCUACUCGUCUGAACAUCCCUUUGGCAGAUGCCGCCAAGGUCGAAUUGGAACAGUACGAUCAUGACAAUUUGGAGUCUUGGACCGCCCUCCAGCGUCUUCCUAGAUCCCUUUACUUUAAUUUGGCUUUACCUGAAUCUGAACUGGAUGACACCGGCGAAGCCAAACGUUUUUUUCCAAGAAAUAAAAUCCGUACAGCCAAGUACACCCCUUUAAAUUUCUUACCUAAAAAUGUUUUCUUGCAAUUCCAAAAUGUUGCCAACCUCUUUUUUUUGUUUCUUGUCAUUCUUCAGUGUAUUAAACUUUUUGGCAAUCAAGUGAACCCUGGUUUGGCUGCAGUGCCUUUAAUUGUUGUUGUUGGUAUAACUGCGAUUAAAGAUGCUAUCGAAGAUUUUCGUCGUACAAUGCUCGACAUUCAUUUAAACAACACCCCAACGCUUCGUUUGAGCAAUUACAAUAAUCCCAAUAUCAGGACCGAGUACGUUAGUUACAUUCGAAAAUUUAAAAAGCGUAUGUCUGCUUUGUUUCGAGUGUUUCUCAUGAAGAAGAACCGAAAGAAAGAAGAAAAUACUGUCUCUGAUUCGGUUCCCCUUGAAGAUCUUUCUUCCGAACGUAGACCAAGUUAUGAUUCUGUGUUCCGAGGGUCCAUUGAUAUGGGGGAUCCUUUUGAUGAAUCCAAGGGCAAAGGUGAUUACAGUCUCUCAGAUGGAAAGACUGCUGUGCAUCAACAGCGGGCAAUGGAUGUUAUAGAUUAUCAAGCUGUGGGCUCUGGCGACUGUCAAUUCAAGAAAGUCUUCUGGAAGGAUAUCCGAGUUGGUGAUUUCGUUAAAGUAUCAGACAACGAAGAAAUCCCUGCUGAUAUCGUUAUCCUUAAUACUUCUGAUCCCGAAGGCAUUUGCUAUAUCGAAACUAAAAACUUGGACGGAGAAACAAACCUCAAGAUUCGACAUGCUUUGACCGCGGGUAAGAACGUGGUUGAUGAAAUGUCUUGUGAACGAUCUCGGUUUUGGAUUGAAAGCGAGCCUCCCAAUGCAAACCUAUACGAGUAUAACGGAGCUUGUAAAUGUUAUGGACAUACCGACACCGGUAUGUUAGAUGAAUCACAACUUCACUCUGAGCCUGUGUCCUUGGACAAUUUGCUUUUGCGAGGCUGUGCUGUGCGAAAUACAAAGUGGGUCAUUGGUGUAGUCGUUUUCACUGGUGACGACACAAAAAUUAUGUUGAAUUCUGGAGCUCCCCCUUUGAAGCGAAGCCGUAUUACCAGGAAUUUGAACUGGAAUGUUUAUUUGAACUUUAUUAUUCUGUUUGCAAUGUGUCUCGUAUGCGGUAUCGUCGAGGGUAUUGCUUGGCGUGGAAAAACACGAUCAUCUUACUAUUUUGAAUGGGGUUCCAUCGGUGGGUCCGCUGCCAAAAAUGGUAUUGUUACCUUUUUUACUGGUGUUGUCUUGUUCCAAAAUUUGGUCCCUAUUUCUCUUUAUAUAUCUAUCGAAAUCGUGAAGACGAUUCAAGCAAUUUUCAUAUACUUCGACAAGGAUAUGUAUUAUAAAAAACUUAAUUAUCCUUGCACUCCUAAAUCAUGGAACAUUUCAGACGAUUUGGGACAAGUUGAAUAUAUUUUUUCUGAUAAGACUGGAACACUUACCCAAAACGUUAUGGAAUUUAAAAAGUGCUCUAUAAAUGGUGUUCCCUAUGGAGAAGCGUUUACAGAAGCAAUGGCGGGUAUUGCUCGUCGAGAAGGAAAAGAUUCGGAACAACUUACAGUGGAAAAACGUAGUUUCAUUGACCGUGAUAGAAUGCAGAUGAUUGCUCAAAUGAGAAAUACGUCCGAUAACAAAUACCUGGUGGAUGAAAACCUUACGUUUGUUUCCUCUCAGUUCGUGCAUGAUUUAACCGGCAAAGCUGGUGAAGAACAAUCGAUGGCUUGUUACGAGUUUUUUUUAGCUCUUGCUUUAUGCCAUAGUGUUGUGGCCGACAGAGUUGGCGACCGUAUUGUCUACAAAGCUCAAUCUCCGGAUGAGGCUGCACUCGUUGGUACGGCUCGUGAUGUUGGGUUUGUUUUCCUCGAUCAGCGUAGGGAUAUCAUGGUUACUCGGGCUCUUGGGGAGACUCACAGGUUUAAAUUAUUGGACACUAUUGAUUUUACAUCCGCCAGAAAAAGAAUGAGUGUUGUCAUUAGGGGACCAGACAAUCGUUACGUUCUCAUCUGUAAAGGUGCAGAUAGCGUUAUUUAUGACAGAUUGGAACCGGGUGAGCAACCAACUCUUCAAAAAGUUACUGCUGAACAGCUGAAAACUUUUGCUCUUGAAGGCCUUCGAACCUUAUGUAUCGCUAAACGUGAACUUACUGAGGAGUACUUUGAAUGGAAAGAGAAGUAUACUGUUGCUUCCUCUGCUAUCGAGAAUAGAGAGGAAAGGAUUUCCGAAGUUGCCGACUUAAUUGAAUCACGGCUUACCUUACUUGGAGGUACUGCUAUCGAGGACCGUUUGCAGGAAGGUGUUCCCGACGCAAUUGCGCUCUUAGGAAGUGCUGGCAUUAAGCUUUGGGUAUUAACCGGAGAUAAAAUGGAAACUGCGAUUAACAUUGGUUUUUCUUGUAACCUUUUAGACGCUAGUAUGGAGUUGAUCAAAUUCGAUGUUGACCAAGAAAUAUCCACGCCGGAACUUGAGGUAAUUUUAGCAGAUUAUCUUUAUAGGUACUUUGGAUUGUCGGGCUCCAACGAAGAGCUUGAAGCAGCAAAGCAGGAUCACGACGUUCCUGCUGGAUCUCAUGCCUUAAUUAUUGAUGGCGGCGUUUUGAAACGCGUCCUGGAAGGAUCGAUGAGAACUAAAUUUUUGUUGCUUUGUAAGCAAUGUAAGUCUGUCCUGUGUUGUCGUGUCAGUCCAGCUCAGAAAGCUGAAGUUGUGCAUCUCGUUAGGGAUAGCUUGGACGUAAUGACAUUAGCUAUCGGCGAUGGUGCUAAUGAUGUGGCUAUGAUACAAAAAGCCGAUAUUGGUAUAGGUAUCGUUGGAGAAGAAGGAAGGGCAGCUGCGAUGUCUGCUGACUAUGCGAUUGCACAAUUUAGAUUCUUGAGCAAGCUGGUUCUUGUUCACGGGCGUUGGGAUUAUAACCGUAUAGCAGAAAUGGUCAAUAAUUUCUUCUAUAAAAGUGUUGUUUGGACGUUUACCCUCUUUUGGUUCCAAAUCUAUAAUAACUUUGAUGCAAAUUAUCUCUUUGAUUAUACGUAUAUUAUGCUUUUCAACUUAAUUUUCUCCUCUUUACCUGUCAUCGUAAUGGGUGUUUACGAUCAAGAUGUUAGUGCCGAGGUAUCGUUGAAGAUACCUCAACUGUACAAGAGGGGUAUUUUACAGUUGAAUUCAACCCCGCAAAUAUUCAUUGGAUAUAUGAUUGAUGGAUUUUAUCAGUCAGUUAUAUGUUUCUUUUUCUCAUUUCUUGUUAUAAAUAAUGUGACAGUAGCAGCUCAAAAUGGGCGUGACACCAUGGGAAUGCAGGACCUCGGUGUGUAUGUGGCAGCUCCUACAAUUAUGGUUGUUGAUUCAUAUGUUCUUUUGAAUCAAGCCAAUUGGGAUGUGUUCUCAGUUGGUAUUUGGGCUUUGAGUUGUAUAACAUUUUGGUUCUGGACGGGCGUUUACUCUCAGAGCUAUUACUCCGUUGAUUUAUAUAAGUCUGCCUCUCGUAUUUUCCGAACUCCAAAUUUCUGGGCAGUACUAUUUGGUACAAUUGUCAGUUGUUUGUUUCCGAAAUUUCUUUUCAUGACUGUGCAAAAGCUUUUUUGGCCGUAUGAUACUGAUAUCAUUCGCGAAGGCUAUCGUACCAGGCGCUUACAGGAAUUUGAUGAAGAAGCUGUUAUUGAAAGUCCUGAAGCUUCUACAGACUGGGCCUCUUCUACAUUACAAGUUCCAUUCAAUACGUCAACAUCGAGCUUUGCAACAAUGCAAAAGAAGGACAAGGAUCAUGUACGUAUGGAUACGCAUUCUUUGUCACUCACUCCAAGUAUCCCCAAUACUUUUGGUCGAUCUUACUCUCCAAGCUUCAUGGAUGGGUCUCCUGUCUUCUCUGAUGAAGUGCUGAACAGACCACCUGAGUUUCUUCCAACGAGAGGAUCUGUAUCUUCAUCAGAACAACCACUUCGACCUAGGUAA